AUGGAGCUUCAAGAAUCAGAUGAUAAGUACGUGGGAUCCUUUACAAGAGGCUUCAUAUUUGAACUCUGGCUAUCUUUCAGUGGUUCGGACAAAGAUAAACGUCUUCAAAUUAUGCAACAUGUGAUAGAAAUGAUACCAGAUGCUGAAAACGUGGACACCAACAAUUUGGAUAACAUCAUAAACAAGCGGUCAAAACGCAGAAGAUUAGCAGCACUAGCUGAUCUUGAUGGAUCAGCGGUCAGCGAUUUAACGAAGGCAUCAGACAACGAGACCAAAGAAAUAAACCCUGACGACGUGCUUUCCCUUCUGACAGGCGCUAAGCUCACCAAGCAUCAAUAUUUGUUAUUGCUAACGCGAAUUAUAUUGAGCAUCAGCAUCGCCGACAGUCCAAUCCAUCCGCCGCGCCGCCACCGUGCCAUCGCCGUCCCCGCCACCGCCGCCAUGUCGCCGCUCGCCCGCUCGCUGCUCGCGCUCGCCGCGCUGCUCGCCGCCGCCGACGCGAAACCAAACCCGUUUUGUGACUCAAUGAGCAUAGGCAAUGAAUAUAUUGGCAACCAAGAUGAUACUAUUAAUUUCAAGCUAACAGUUUCUGGUGAAUUUUACACGAUCAUUCCUGAUAAAUGCACCAGGCCUGGAAGAAGGCUGGUACAUCAGUAUCUUAGGGUCUGCAACACCCCGAACAAGAAGCCCACCAUCAGCCUGGUGAAGGACAGCGAGCCGUACACCGCCGUCACCUUCGACUGCCCCCGGGAGGUGCCCGGGUGUACACACCUCGAGCUGGACGUGGAGCAGGUGUGUACACCGGUUACUGGACCACAGCGCCCUGGACCUGGACCGGAAGACUAUGAUUAA